AUGCCACUGGAUGAGCAAACUUUGGAAGACCUGAAACGACAACAGCAGUCGCUAAAGACAACAGCGGUGAAUACGAGAAGAGAGACUGUUGAUGCAUCUCUCUCACGGGACUUGCGAUGGUCGACAAUGCAGGCAAGAGACAAGGAUGCAAGCUCGUGGCUCAACACAGUACCCCUUGAGGAGCAGGACCUGACAUUGAAUAAACAACAAGUUUGGGACUCGCUACGAUUGCGUUACAAUCUGCAAGGAGCCGACUUGCCGAGCCAUUGCGCGUGUGGAGAUCUAUUCACAGUCAGCCACGCCCUGUCGUGUAAGACAAGGAGUUUUGUUGCACAAAGACAUGAUGGCAUACGCAACCUUCUCACGUCUCUGCCUAGCAACGUCUGCAAGGAUGUCGAGGUAGAGCCCCACCUCCUACCGAUCGACAAUAAGGUAUUCAACCUAAUAUCUACAGUCACAAGCACUGCGGCUAGACUGGACAUGAAGGCAGGAAGUUUCUGGUCACGAGGAGGAACGGUAUUUUUCCACGUACGUAUUACGCAUGUGAACUCAACGUGUAACCAGAACAAAUCCACAAAAUUAAUCUUCGUGGAACAUGAGAAAGAGAAGACAGGGAAGCACCAACAAAGAGUUAUUGACGUGGAAAUGGAAUCUUUUAAUUCCCCGGUUUUUGGCACGAAUGGAGGAAUGUGGAAAGAAUGCAAACUUUGCCUGAGCAACCUAGCGGACAAACUUUCCCGAAAGAGCGGCGAGUCUUAUGCCAGUGCCAUGUCUUGGCUUAGAACACGGAUAUCUUUUGAAAUUUUAAGAUCAGUCUAUACAUUUGUUCCAGGGUCCAGAACCACUUUUCACAAGAAAGCACGCUGA